CCAGACGUGGCAACGGCAUCAUGGCCUCUUGGAACCGCUACGGGAGUCGGAUGAGAGAGGCGAAAAUGUGCAUGUUGGUGUUGCUGGUAUGGCUGCUGCCGGUGCUGGAGGCAGUGAAGGUUUCCCCACUCAUAGAGAAGGUCAGCGACCACAAAGACUUCAAGAAGCUGCUCAGGACGAGAACCAACGUUCUGGUGCUUUACACCAAGACAGCUACAUCAGGGGACUCCCACCUGAAACUGCUAUCAGAUGUGGCCCAGACAGUAAAGGGCCAAGGGACUAUUGCCUGGGUCAACUGUGGAGAUUCAGAGGGCCGUAAGCUCUGUAAGAAAGUGAAGGUGGACCCGAGUUCCAAACGUGGAGGAGCAGAACUGUUGCACUACAAAGAUGGGACAUUCCACACAGAGUACAACAGGCCCGCUACCUUCAAGUCCAUGGUAGCAUUCUUGAAAGACCCAUCAGGACCCCCACUGUGGGAGGAGAACCCUGAGGCAAAAGAUGUUGUCCACAUAGAGACAGAAAAAGACUUCAGGAAGCUGCUGAAGAAAGAGGAGAGGCCGGUCCUCCUGAUGUUCUAUGCUCCCUGGUGCGGCGUUUGUAAGAGAAUGCAGCCCGUCUUUCAGCAAGCCGCCACAGAGACCAAGGGGAAAUAUGUACUGGCGGGGAUGAAUGUGCAUCCAGCUGAGUUUGACGGCCUCAAGCAGGAGUACAACGUCAAAGGCUACCCGACCUUCUGCUACUUUGAGAAGGGGAAGUUCCUUCACCACUAUGAAAACUACGGAGCCACAGCCAAGGAUAUCGCGGACUGGAUGAAGAACCCUCAGCCCCCCCAGCCAAAGACCCCCGAGGUGCCGUGGUCGGAGACAGACUCCCCUGUCUUCCACCUGACCGAUGAGUCCUUUGACAGUUUCCUGGAGGAACAUCCUGCAGCCCUGAUCAUGUUCUACGCCCCCUGGUGUGGACACUGCAAGAAGAUGAAGCCAGAGUAUGAUGAAGCUGCUGAAAUACUCAACAAGGGCACAGACAGUCCGGGUGUGUUGGCAGCAGUUGAUGCCACAGUGCACAAGGCUGUGGGGGAUCGCUUCAAGAUCUCUGGCUUCCCAACUCUUAAGUAUUUUGAGAAAGGUGAGGAGAAGUACACGUUGCCCCAGCUCCGAAGCCAAGACAAGAUCAUCGAGUUCAUGCACAAUCCCCAGGCACCUCCUCCACCAGAGCAGUCUUGGGAGGACAAGCCCUCCAGCGUCAGCCAUCUUGGAUCAGAGGAUUUCCGAGAGGCGCUGAAGAAGAAGAAACAUGCUCUGGUCAUGUUCUACGCUCCCUGGUGUCCGCACUGUAAAAACUCUGUUCCCCACUUCACCACAGCAGCAGAGCUCUUCAAAGAGGACCGCAAGAUUGUGUAUGCGGCAGUGGACUGUACAAAAGGACAGAACCAUGAGCUUUGUAAGCAAGAAGGGGUGGAGGGCUACCCAACAUUUAACUACUACAACUAUGGCAAGUUUGUGGAAAAAUACAAUGGAGAUCGUGGGGAGGCUGGCUUCACAGGCUUUAUGCGCAGCCUAAGAGGACGUGAUCAGGAAAAGGUUGUCAAGAGGAAGGAGGAGCUCUGAGGCCGGCGUGCAGGGAUGGGGCGUUGCACUGCACAGUUUGUCAUUGCACUGUGACCCUUGACCCUGACAAGGGCCCUAUCAGCACUGACGUGGGAGACUUGAUGACCUCAGCGAAAGGCUAUUUUUUUAUACCAUGGUGAUCAUGUUUGUAAUAAUACCAACAGAGUACCUACAGUUAGACCGACCACUUGAGACUUCUUUUUUCAUGGAUAUUCUGAUGGGCAGAAAAUACAGACAAAAAAAGUGAUUUCUUUUUUCUUUUCCUUUUUUUGCCCAAACACUGUGACUGCAUAUGUGAGCACCCUAGCUACACCCUAUACUGUAUCUAUGCAAUACUGACCCCUGCUUUGCCCUGUGGUGGGGGUCUGUGUGACUGAUUGACACCCGUGGUGGUGGGUGGUGGUGGGCAAUCAUUAGUUAAAGGUGGAGGCUGCACUGUCAAUUACUCCACAGGAGUCCUGGUCCAGUCCCAUCAACCCUGCUCUGUCUCUAGAAGGAGACACAUUGUGAUUACAGAACCUUCAUGUCUCAAGUCUAGAACCAUCCAGAAUAUUUUUUUUUAUCCUCACAGACCAUUUAAAUAUUAAACUGCAUUUAGAAAGUAAAAUGUGAAGUGCUACUGUAGAUAAGGUACCGUAGCAGUGUGAAGUAGGUGAAAUCCUGGCCAAAGGGUCAAUAUUCUGUAUGGUUCCGGGCUCUCAUGAUUAGAUUUGCUUUUAGAAAUGACUUUUUGUUAGUUCAAAACUGUGGCCUUAACAAUCUAAAAAUAAACAAUAGCUGGAAUUGCAUAAAUAUAACAUGAUAAGUGGAAGAUAAUCAGAGGCCUGGUGCCCUUGCAGUUCCCUCAAGUCAUGGACCAGAGCAAGUCAAAGGAGAAGAAAAACAAGAACAUGAAAUGCCAAAUAUUUGUGUGCAUUGCCCUUGAUAUCUUCAUGCUUUGUACAUUUCCAGAUAAUAACAACAUUCACAGCUGUAGUGACGUCGUGCACCUCCUCUGUUGUUCAUUCAGAGUGGGAUUUCAUCAAUGUUUUAACGAGGGUAGGGUUCAUUUACAUAAUCAUGGGAGAUGUUAAAGUAUGGUGGCUAAAUAUUGCAUGAUAAAAUGUCCAUAACAAUUCACCCAUCCUCCUUGCACCGAAGCAAUCAUGGAUUCCACCUAAUAUCCCACAAUCCCUUCUGCAUUCACACAUCGUUCAGGCAGAUGCUGUAAUAAUUCAGGCCUCCAAUGUACACUUUGGGAAUUCAGGGUUUUUGUUUAAGGUUACCCAGUCUGUUUUAUGCCCAAGUGUAACCUGAACAACACCCAGGAACCAGAAUAACAGAGCAAGCACUCUGGGAACGUUGGGUCUCAAUCUGUGUCCGUCUUCAAUGCCUUGGCCUGGAACUACUUGGACAGUACUCUCCUCAAUCGAAUUCCCGGGGAUGACUUCAUAGUACAUCCAAGGAAUAAUUAAGUAUUAAGUGAGUGAAGGCUCCGGCCCCCGUUCCACUUCUGGCAGCGUAACCCCAUCGAUUUGGAGCCAUCAUCAUUACUUUUGUGGCCAUUUUUUUUAAUGCUGUGUGUUUUCAACUCCCACACUACGGCCACUAUAAAUAUUUAAAGGCUUAUCUGUAGCUGAACUUGUGUUUUAUUAUUCAAGACUUUGGUUUCUUUCAUUAUGAAUAAGGUUCUCAGGGAUAGCGAAACACAAUUAAAGGGAACUAGUUUGUUUGUAAUUUUGCAUUCCGGCUGAAUAAUUUUGAGCCCUUAGUUUACCAAAUUAAACAUUGUUUACAUUUGUAUCCCAAUGAAAAAAACAAAUUGAGCUGUCUUUUUCUGUGCUAUAUCAUGACCACGUGUAUCGAAUAAGACGUAUUGUCAGUAGAUGUUACUGAACCAUUUCUCGUCACAUUAUCAUUGUGAUUCUUAACGGACUCAUUUCAAGUGAAACUGUCUCAGAUGUUCUGGCUGGCACCAAACACUAUUUUGUGUUCAGUGUGACUAUUUAACAUUUCAUGGUGUGCAAGAGCAUUUUGAAAAUGUGCUUUACACAGUUAGGUGUUGACAUAUCGCUGUAAUUAGGUGUUCAUUCUCCUCUCGAGGUUAAACAAUGACCUUUGUUUACUGUGUCCAUUUGUUUUUGUUUAGGAGCCUGCGCAGUGACAUCACAUGUGGUUUGCUGAAUAAUAGAAAGACCACCUCUGUCUUAUCCCAAAGGUAUCCAUGUUGUGUGGGAAUUUGUCACACUUAAUGCCAAGAAGUCAUUGUUGCCUUUGUUGAUUUUUCUGUGCCCAGCCAUACGUACAGUUUUGCCCCAUGCAGUAAGGACCUUGCGAGUUAAAAAACUAAAUAAAGUCAAACAUUUCCAAAA